AUGAAUGGGAGGCGGGCGGCGCUGGCGGGCACAGCUGCGGCGCCGCGCCCGGGCCGGCACCGGCACCGGCACCGGCACCGCCCGCGGGACCCGGCGCUGCCUCCCGCCGCGGGGCUCCGCCGGCCCGGGCCGCAUCUCUCCCUCCCCUCUUCUCUCCCCUCCGUCGCCCCCCGGGCCAAUAAAAUGAUGCAAAGCUCCGCGCUCGCUGCCGAAGGGGCUGUCAAGGGGCUUCCCGAGAUCCUCGGUGUGCCGGUGCAACAGAUCCCCCAGUGCGCCGGCUGCAACCAGCACAUCCUGGACAAGUUCAUCCUCAAGGUCCUGGACCGGCACUGGCACAGCUCCUGCCUCAAGUGUGCCGACUGCCAGAUGCAGCUGGCCGACCGCUGCUUCUCCCGGGCCGGCAGCGUCUACUGUAAGGAGGACUUCUUCAAGCGUUUCGGGACCAAAUGCACGGCGUGCCAGCAGGGCAUCCCCCCCACCCAGGUGGUCCGCAAAGCCCAGGACUUCGUCUACCACCUCCACUGCUUCGCCUGCAUCAUCUGCAGCCGGCAGCUGGCCACCGGCGACGAGUUCUACCUGAUGGAGGACGGGCGACUGGUCUGCAAGGAGGACUACGAGACCGCCAAGCAGAACGAUGACUCCGAGGCGGGCGCUAAGCGGCCCCGGACCACCAUCACGGCCAAGCAGCUGGAGACGCUGAAGAACGCCUACAAAAACUCCCCCAAGCCCGCCCGGCACGUGCGGGAGCAGCUCUCCUCCGAGACGGGGCUCGACAUGAGGGUGGUGCAGGUGUGGUUCCAGAACCGCCGGGCCAAGGAGAAGCGGCUGAAGAAGGACGCGGGGCGGCACCGCUGGGGGCAGUUUUACAAGAGCGUCAAGCGGAGCCGCGGGGGCGGCAAGCUGGAGAAGGAGAGCUCGGCCGAGGACUGCGGCGUCAGCGACAGCGAGCUCAGCUUUCGCGAAGACCAGAUCCUCUCCGAGCUCGGCCACACCAACAGGGUUUACGGCACCGUGGGGGACGUGGCGGGCGGACAGUUGCUGAACGGCAGCUUCUCCAUGGAGGGGACGGGACAGUCGUACCAGGACUUGCGGGACGGCAGUCCCUACGGCCUCCCCCAGUCGCCGUCCUCCAUCUCCUCCCUGCCGUCCCACCCACCCUUGCUCAACGGGCUGGACUACGCCAUGGACGGCAGCCUGGGGCUGGUGGCCCACGGGGCGCAGGGGGUGAGUCAGACGCUGCGGGCCAUGGCCGGGGGGGGCCCCACCUCCGACAUCUCCACGGGGAGCAGCGUCGGGUACCCAGACUUUCCCACCAGCCCGGCCUCCUGGCUGGACGACAUGGAUCACCCCCCUUUCUAA